CAUUAAAAUUUUCACUUACAACUAGACUUACUAAAGUGUAGUUUCAGGUUCUGCAAUUUCAAGAGCGCAGUGAAAUAACUUGAAUCUUUAACUUUGGGAGAAAAGUCAACAGACAUGGAAAAACUUUUCAUAAAAUUAUUACUAGUUGGCAUCAUACAUGUGUAUACAUGUAAUGGACAAAAUCAUUUCAAUCCCCUCGUUGGAAAUCCAAAAUCAGAUAUAGUUCUUGUUGAGCAGUCGCCUGGAAAUGACCGUGAGUUGUUCCCAGAUACAUAUUCUAUAUGGUUUUACCACGAGAAUGAACCAAUUUACAUCGACUUGUCACGUGAUGAUUCUAUGACGGAAUCGCUGAAUCCUUCUUUGUUUCAAGCUUCAAAAUUCCUGCCAAAUGAGCUGAUGACCGAGAAAAAUAUAAACGAAUUUGCCUAUUACCACAACAACCAAGCACUUGACUCGGAUAAAAGAGCACAUUUUGUUUUACACAGACCGGAUAUUACCCGCCCAGCAAAUGUCUAUGGUCAACUUAACCAUGAAGGAUACAUGUACAUCCUUCAAUCCACUGGAAACAACAAUCAGCACAGAAUACGGAGAGAAAUAAGCUUGGCUGAACAUCGUGCGAGAAGAGACAUAAAUCCAGGUACUCAAUACAUUGUUGAAGUCGUCGUAUGGAUCGCUCCUGAUCUGUUUCAAUUCCAAAAAACUCGACUUGGAGCAAUAAACUCAGAAACCUCGCUCUGGUUUGCAAUAUUUAGAGAUGCCCUUAUCAGAGACGUUGAUUUGACGUUCAAAAAAGUGUCAACAGUAAAUUUACGUAUACACUUAGUAGGAGGCGGAAAUACUCAGUCAGAGUCCACGACGUGGUUUGCCGAUAAUUACAAAGAUCCAUUUUUAGCUGAUCAAGAUACUCUUAGUGACGUCACAACAUUCUUACAGAAUAAAAUUGGAGGUGCCAUUCCAAGUUAUGAUCAUGCCAUUGUGUUAACAAGGGCAGACAUUGCUAAGAACACAAAUGGCGAUAAAAGUGAAAGACAAGCUGCUGCCAGUGGGGUUAUAUGCGAUGACAAUGCCGGAAGUUCAGUUUCUAUAGCAGAGGUUUCGGGUCCAUUUUACAGAAAAAUUGUUGCUCAGGCUAUAGGAUUGGGUUUUGGUUUGAAGUACGAGUUUGGCUCAGAUAUAUACCGAGUAAUGGCAAGAGAUAACCCACCUUUCCCUGUACCAGAUAUCAGUAAAGAUGACAUAUUUUCCUUCGGGAGUUCAAGAGACACAAUUCUAGCUGAUACCAUUGGUGAUUUUGGAACCCAGUGUUUGACGUCUAACGACGCAGGACAGGAUUUCAACACUUUCAUUAACGGAGACAAAAUCGGCACAACUUACACUAACGACGAACAAUGUGCUAUAUUAUAUGGAGCUGGAUCAACAGUUUGUUCGGGAAAUACUGAUCCUUCAAAAACAUGUUACAGUGAUGUUAAAUGUGAAGUAAGCGGUGCAUGCAAUUCAAACAUAAUCCUUGGACAAGAAAGUGAAUGUAACGCAGUUAGUUCCUUGGGUUGCUUCUACUCUGAUUGUACGUACAAUAGGGGAGGGUCAAGCAGUUCGUCAUCAUCAUCAUCCUCUUCGUCCAGUAGCAGCACUAGCAGCACUACUAGUUCUACGACGACAACAAUGAGUUCAAUGUUACCAAGCAGUUCUCCAAGCCCAGAUUGUUGCUGUGAAAGAAGACCAUUGGGACAAGUCAAAAUCGAUAUCGUAUACAUCCCAUGUCCGAAUGGAGAAGAUUAGUGCACUGUUCAUUCACUGGAGAAGCAUUCAAUCAGACUUCAUCUUUUAUAUGAGUGGGAUGAUUGGGGAUUUAAGAUUUCGAUGCUUGUAGCAUUAAACUUUUUCUUUAUAUUGCAUUUAAUUCAACUUUUGUUACAAUUUAAUCGUCUUCAAUACGUUCACUACAGUCAAUGAAGACCGACAUUGGAGCUAAUGAGUGUUUACUAAAUCUUUCUUUCUUUGUUUAAUAUUUCAACAGCUAUUUGUUGUUUGCUUUCCAUUUAUAAUAAAAAUUAAUGAUGAUGAGAUUUUCAUAAAUUGAUUAAAUAAUUUUCGUGGAUUGAACUAAGUUGACCAAUAUUGUUUCAAAGCUAAACAAAACAGUUUAUGAAACCAGCUUUUAUUGAUAGUUAUAAUAUGUGAUUGCUUUAGAAUGAUACAUUUACAUUAAAUCAACGGUAACAUGCUAGAUUUGCUAACAUAUAUGUUAUAUAAAUUGAUAUAAGUCGGUGGAUGCUACACAUGCAGAAAUGUUUUGUUUUGCUUUGAAAUUUUGAAUCAGUUAUAAAGGCAGCUUUUAUUGGAAGGUGUUAUUAUAAAAGUUAUGGGUUUUUUUCUUUUUUAAAAAAACUAACUAAUCAUUAUCUCAACAUUUUAACAUAAUAUCUGAAGCAUUGUAAGUUAUAUUACAAAAGCAAAAAAUAAAAUAUUUUGCCCUCAGUCAUCUUAUUAAGUUUUACGAUCAGUUCAUGAAACAUUCUUAUGGUGGUGGAUGUUAAAUGUUUUUGUUUUGCUUUUAAAUGAUUAAACUUGUUUAAAAGCAUAACAUUACAGUUUAUGAAACUAGCUUAGAAUGAUGGAUAUUUAUUUUGAUUAAUGGACUGUUGAUUUUCAUGCUUACAAAGGAAAUUCAUGCCAUCUUUAUAGAACGCCUUAGGUCAUCAAAUUUUUUGUGACGAUGUACUAAAUAAAGAAUUUAUCAAAACAUUUAUCUAUCACUUUUUAUGAAUUUUCAUUUACUUUUGUUCAUAAAUUAAAAAUCAUAGUUAUAAUACAGUUUUAGUAUUUGAUGAGAUGGCUAAAUUUCUCUACAAUGAAUUUACUAAUCUUUAUUCACGUAUUUGUUUUAUCAAUGGUAAAAUUUGCCGCUGUAUGUACUAUUAUGACAAACUAA